UCACACAGCCCUGCGGCCCACUCGGUGUGUGACGGGUGCUGUCCUGAUUUGGCACCCAGAGCGAGCUCAGCCACGCCUGAGGAGCAGCUCUGGCCAGGGAGGACUCGCCUGGCAGAGACAGGGCCCGGAGAGGGCCUCACCCCCACACGGCGCCAGGCCCCACAGCUGCCACGGAGACGGGGGCCAGCGCACGCAGAGGCUCGAGUCCACAGCCCCAGGAAGCGCCCUUCCCCACGCUGGGUGGGCCGGACUGCCUGCUCCAUCCAAGCGCUGGGGCCUUGGGGAGAUGGAAGGUCCCACAGGAGGGUCGGAACGGCAUCUUCCCUGCAGGGCCCUUGCCCUGGUGCCCGCCAGCUAGUGGCCCGCAGCCACGCCUGGUUCAUCCAGCACCGGGAACGGCCCACUCGGACCCGAGCCGGCUCCAAGAGGGGCACGCAGCGAAGGGUUCCACAGCGCCCAGCUCGAGUCUCAGGCCCAGCCCAUGAGAGGCCAAUGGGGAGUGGCCAGGAAGAGGGACUCCCAAGUCAGCCAGGCCAGCCAGACCAAGAUGCAGGCGGGCACUGUGGGCCAGACCUGGAGGAGGCAGGAAGAGCCUCUGCCACGCCCACAACCCCCGGGCUCCCUACCAGCUGCCCACCUGCAGACCCGGAUGAUGCUGAGGCCGCCGGGCCCCCAGCUGCCCUCCUGGAGCGGCUCCUGCUGGCGGGGGGGAAGCCAUCGUCCCACGGCACCCAGCAUGGGCCCUUCUUCUACAUUGGAGGCAACAACGGGGCCUCAAUCAUCAGCUCCUACUGCAAACGCAAGGGCUGGAAGCGCAUUGAGGACAGCGGCCGGGAGGACUACAUGCUGAAGUGGUGCGAGGUCCAGAGCCGGGGCAGCUACAGCAGCUUCCGGGAAGGACAGCAGCUGUUGUACCAGCUUCCCAACAGUAAGCUCCUCACCACCAAGAUCGGGCUGCUCAGCACCCUCCGGGGGCGGGCGCGGGCCAUAAGCAAGGCCAGCAAGACGCCGGGCGGCCCCCAGGCCAGGCUGGGAAAGGAUGCAGCAGUGGCCACCCUGGAGGACCUCCCGUGGACAAGCCCAGCACACCUUAGGCCACAGAGGGUCCUGAGAAUGGAAGAAUUUUUCCCAGAGACCUACCGUCUGGACGUCAAGGACGAGAGAGAAGCCUUCUUCACCCUGUUUGACGACACCCAGAUGUGGAUCUGCAAGCCCACGGCCUCCAACCAGGGCAAAGGCAUCUUCCUACUCCAGAGCCAGGAGGAAGUCGCCGCCCUGCAGGCCAAGACCCAGAGCAUCCAGGACGACCCCGUCUACAAGCUGCCGCUCCGGGGGCCUCAGGCGCGGGUGGUCCAGCGGUACAUCCAGAACCCGCUGCUGCUGGAUGGGAGGAAGUUCGACGUUCGCUCCUACCUGCUGAUCGCCUGUGCCACGCCCUACAUGGUCUUCUUCGGCCACGGCUACACCCGCCUCACCCUCAGCCCCUACGACCCCCGUUCCAGCGACCUCAGCGGCCACCUGACCAACCAGUUCAUGCAGAAGAAGAACCCCCUGUACAUGCUGCUGAAGGAGGACACGGUGUGGAGCAUGGAGCAUCUCAACAGUCACAUCAACGACACCUUCAGGAAGGCCCGGGGCCUCCCCAGGGACUGGGUCUUCACCACCCUCACGAAGCGGAUGCAGCAGAUCAUGGUCCACUGCUUCCUGGCCGCCAAGUCCAAGCUGGAGUGCAAGCUGGGUUACUUCGACCUCAUCGGCUGUGACUUCCUGAUUGAUGACAACUUCAAGGUGUGGCUGCUGGAGAUGAAUUCCAACCCCGCCCUGCACACCAACUGCGAGGUCCUGAAGGAGGUCAUCCCAGGUGUGGUCAUGGAGACUCUGGACCUGGCACUGGAGACCUUCCAGAAGAGCCUGCGCGGCCAGAAGAUGCUGCCCCUGAGGACCCAGCGUCGCUUCGUGCUCCUGCACACGGGGGAGGCCGAGCAGCGGCUGCGUCCCGGGGCCCCGAGCGGCCUCCCCAGCCGGCCCCCCCGCGCCCCCCGCCAGGCCGAGUCCUCCCAGCCGCCCACACCGCACGCCCCAGCCCGGCCGGGUGCCCACAGACCCACGCCCCCUCACUCGGCCCCAUGGCAGCCCCGGCCACCCAGCCCAGGCCCCGGCCCCGACGACGCCCACCACCGGGAGCCCCAGGCCCCAGGCACUGAGCAGCUGGGCAGGGGCGACAGGGACCUGGUGCAAGAGCCUUCCCCAGGGACAGCCCAGGAGGAGCACAAGCAGCCUGGGAACACAAGACCCUAGGGGGGUGGGUCACCCGGCUGGCAUGGACCCCACCCCACCAUGCCACCCCUGCCACACUA